UUGGCACUCUCGGCGACCGCGAGUUAGUCGAGUUCCCGACGAAUCCACUCAUGCAUCAGCUCCCGGUCGCGUCCACACACGCGCCGUGAUCCCGUCGUCGUCCCGUACACCCCCCGAACCGACCAUGAAGUUGACAAAAUAUCUCCACCGAGUGUACCUAGUGUCGCUGAACUGUUUGCUAACCUUCGCCGCCUCCGUGGAGAACAGCACGGUCGAGCCGACGACGGCCCGCGCCGAGAGGUCCCUCGGGUCCGGCCUCGCUUUCGUCGACGCCAACUCCAUCGACAGGGACGACCCUGCCGCCUCCCUCGACGGCGUCUACUCGGAGUGUUUGCUCAACUUGUCCUUCCCGUGCCUCCAGAAGAAGAUCAUUGUGUUUUUGGAUAGGUUAGGCCGCAAGAAGCAGGUCAGUUUGAUCGGGGACUUUUUGACCGUGGUCAGGACGGGGCCCGUUUCCGCGACCGUCUCCGAGGAGACGACGGCCCGCAGGGAUGAGAGUUCGUUGAGGUCCGUCAUCGACGGGCAGGUGGAUCGAUUCUUCGAGACCCACGUGCUCAGGGUCAGGGUCCCUUCGUUCCUCGACGACCCCGGCACUGAGAACACCGUCGUGGAUAUCGACUUCGGAACCGGCGCCUCGACCAGUGAAGGACGAGGGAAGAAAGGUGGUAAAAUGAAAGGGAUGAAGAAAAUGAUGAUGAUGAUGGGCAUGAUGAUGUGUAUGAAGAUGGCCAUGAUGGGACCUCUCAUGAUGGGCCUGAUCGGACUCAAAGCAGUUAAAGCACUCAUCCUGUCAGCCGUAUCGCUUACCAUUUCCAAAAUCCUGCUGCUCAAGAAGCUAAAGGGUGGUGGCGGCGGCGGAGGCGGUGGAGGUGGCUGGAAGGAGGCCGGCGGAGACAGCUCGGGCCAGGGCUGGGACAGGAGUAUAGAGUCAUCCUACGCGCAUAAGACGGCAUUCAGCGCAUAUGCACCAAUCGAAUCGUGAUCCACAUCCAACCACAACCGAACCUACCCGAUCAAGUCAACCGAGUUGCCAUAUCUGGUCCUUUUCACCCCCGCCGACAAAUUUGACCAAGUUGACGAUUUUGAAAACACCUAAUCCUUGGUAAAAAUUGGCAAUAGGAGCUGCGUUUCAAAAUACCAUAUCAAUUUUUAUAGCCGGACAAAGGGAGCGAUAGAAAAUCAUACAGCUGGCUGUAGAAAGUGAAACAGCCGGGCUAUACGAAGCGAUAAAAAAUUAUACAGCCGGGCUAUACGAAGCUAUAAAAAAUUAUACAGCCGGGCUCUAGUUCCUAUCGCCGGACCAUAAAGUUUAUCGCAUGGAUGUAGCUUUAACGCCAUCGGCUAUAAAAGGCUUUAAAACAUUGUACAGCCGGUUAUAGAAGCUAUUGGAAAUCUUACAGCCGGAUGUGUGUCUAUAGUAUUUUGGAACACAGAUCCUACUGCCAAUUUUUACCAGGGAUGCGACUGAGCAUACGUUUUUUAUCAUGCAAGUUCAGACUUGAGCCUAAGUCACACGAUCAAGCUAAGCCAUCAAUCCAUUGAGAUCAGGGUUCUGAUUGAUUCUAUGAAAACCAACAUGAGAACUUUAUGCCAUCAACUAACUGGGGGCCGCUGUAAUUUGAUAGCGCACUGAUCUCUGAUUGGCACGCGAAAAUCUACUGCGCAGAGACCUCGCUGAUUUGAUAGUUUUAGUUUGAUCGUGUGGCCUAGGUUUGCUGCACCUACCUUUACUCUAUUUCCCUUCAGUAAGACUUAAAUCAUUUCUGAAUAAGUACAAAGUUUUCUUCUGUUUCAAGACUAGGACGCACGACUGUUGCUUUAUUCGUCAUUUUCUUUUCCCAGGAUAUAGUCCUGAUAAAAGUUAUUCCGUUGGAAAAGUAUAUAAAGUUACAUUGACAUAUAGAAAAUACAACUAAAACUUACAACUAACUUACGAGUAAAACUUUUGAAAAUGCCAGAUAUGGUGCGGAGAGAAGUUAAUUGUAGUAGCUAGGCAAAGUUCUUUUGUUCAUGUAAUGAAUAGCAAACUUUUGUCAUUCAAUUCACGAAUAAGUUAGACUUCGAUUCUGCCAAAUGAUGAAAAAUCACCUUUGAUGUAAAUCAAUUUUCCUGGUGAAAAUGCCAAAUCCUAUUAAGUUGUUUACCCAAUUUUUUUGAGAUUGUAUGUCAUUUACGUUUGUUCAGCGGAGCGUUGAGAAUAGCCAUAAUUGAUGAAAAAUUGCGUUUUAUUGAAUCCAGAAUCCGCAUAGAUUUUUAUACCGUGCUAAAUUUUUUCAUUUAUUUUUUAGUCCUCUUAAUCUUCACUUAAGUUAAAAUUGCAACCGUUAAUGCUAAUAACCGAUUUCUCCUCAGCUUUUCUAGAACAGAUCCCAGCAUCCUUGCAUAGUCUCGCAUUUCGGGAAAGAACCUCGAGAGUCAGAAUUGCUGAAAUUGUAAUUCUCUUAAUAUAUAAAAUGUUCAUCAACAUAAUAUUAUGUUCUACUUACGGUUAAUUAUUCAAAUGUCCACAAAUUAAAGUACCAAUUAUGGAAAUAGGUUUUUUGAAGACCCUUACACCCAGAGAAAUUACGAUUGACACCUAUUACCUAAUGAUUUGAAAUGCUGGGAAAAGCUAAUUUCUCCGAGAAAUUAUCAUAUGCCCAAAUUUGGGCGGUAAUGCUGGCCCAUUUCACACAACUAUAAGCUAAAGUGAAGUUUUUCAAGAGAAGUUUUUUAACAAUUAUGACGUUCUGCAAUGCUCGCGCUCUACUAUUUGUGACCUCCUCGCCCUUAUUUUGCCUCAUUUAGUUUACGCUAAUGUGCGGCAGUGCACGCAAGAUCAUGUCCCGGGUCAUCAUCUCAUAACCACCGUUCGGGUAUCAUUUGUGUGGCCAGGAGUUAACAAGGUGUAACACCUCUCUCGCCAGUGUUGCCUCUCUCGUUCAGGACAUAAAUGUUAGGUCGAUGGCUCUUUUACUCGACUGGUCCGUAAAAGAAGAGAAUAACCUGAGGUUUAGUGAAAGUACACUUGUUUAAGAGUGUCAGGUCAGAGGAUGAAAAAUUGCAGUUGUUUGAGAAAGUUGUAAGAGAAUCUCUUUGGCUAGUGUAGGGGCUUAAUAAAAAUGAAAAAAGAGCCGGCUUUGGAAAUAAUGAGGUAUUUUACUUAAAAUCCAUUGCCGGAAAUCCGCGUUAGAAAAUUGUAUUUACUCUUAAAAUAUUAAUUUCAAUGAGUCAAAGUUUAUUUUUUUUUUUAUUUCUGUGCAAUUAAAAUCACUAUCUUGGGAAGAUCAAUAUUAAUCCGUGUUUAUUAUGGAUUGGUUUUCCUCCUACUGUCGUUAAAAGUUCUGACUUUGGGCAGUGAGAAAACCUGUUCCGUGUUGGUGAUCAGUCCAUCUAAUAAUGCGGGUUUUAAUUAUUCCUCUCAAAAAUUGAAUCUCGUGACUGAACAUAGGCGCGUAUUAUUAAUUUAAGGAAGAGCUGUUAUGUACUAACAGGUAGAAUUUGACUUCGCAAACUCUUAAAUUACACGGGGGAAGAAAACAGCAUCGUCACUUGCAUUUGAGGAGUGAAAUCAGCCUAGAGCGUGAAAUCAGGCCCUCUCAUAUCAAGAGGUAUAUAAUUUGUCACAAUGACAUUCUUUACUUUCAAAGCUUGCAACACAUUUCAAAGCAUCUCCUGGUAAAAAACACUCAUUCCUAAGGGAAAACCUAUUUAAUCUAUUGCUUCGGCCACAUAAAGCACAGACCUCAAAAUAAGAGUAAGUUUCCACUUAAGAUUAAUAUCUGUUUCUCAAAACGCCUCCUGCGUCCUUAUCUAAUUGCUAGCAAAAACACAAUAGUUUCCAAUAAACCAGGCACCAAUGCGCAAUGCAGAAAAAUCGAUAAUCCGGAGUGACAGCUGUGAAACUUGCCGAGAAAAGCGUGGAAAUGACGAGAAGCACCUACAAAACGCAGUUCGAUUUUUCACGUGCCGAUUAUCGACCGAUGUAGUGCCAAAGCCACCUGCCAGAUAGCGCCCCGAGUUAAGUCCCUAUCCACAUACUUCCCAAAGAAACUCACUGAUUUUUCGCGGCAACUUGGUGCCCGGGUUGCUCCUUGCCAACGCUGAAGAUUGGAGGCAGCAUGGGGAACAGUUAAUCCCGUAGAGAGAGAUGAAUAGGUGCGGUGCUGGUGCAUUCCUUGUGGUUAUUUUAACCUAGUUCCCAUUUACGGCAUCCGUGUCUAUGAUUUUCGCGCAAUUUUAUAUCACGAGAACGGCGAAGUGGGUUUUUGUUAAAAGAAUUCGUUUGAGCCCAAGAAGAUGAGACGAGUGUGAAUCCUAACACAUCAAAAAUUCGAUGAAUCAUGAUUGACCCAGUAGUGAACAAUUUGCCACUCCGGGAUAAUUUUGAAGGGGGAUAGGAGCGGAUUUUUAUAUAUCUUAAUUUCUUGACAUGGAAUUUUGUUUCUUUUUCCUUUUUUUACAAAACCAGUCGUUUUAUUGUGCUACGAUGCCAUCGUUUUUCCUACAGAACCUAUAAAUGAAUUAGUUGCUCGCAUGACAGAAUCAUCUUUUGAUGGUAGAAUAGAUUGAUAAAAAAAAUAGUACCUAUCAUUGUAGCUUCAACUUUCUACAUCAAGUGAUCACGCGAAAGGAGCCCUCUGAAAGUAUGGUGGAUGACGUCAUCUAUAACAUUAUGAUGACAUCAUCACUCACGCCUCUGAUCUGCUUUGCUGAAACCUUAGUAAAA